CUCACGAAAAAGGAGGCCUUGAAAUCUAAAUCGAGCCAAACAUUUACGUUGCUGUCCCAUCAGCACAUCUACAUCAGUUGAACAUUGAAAUUCAAACUCUUCGGACGGUAACGGGACGACAUUAUCAAAAUUAAUUUUUUUAUUUUUCCCCGGCAAGCAAGUCAGAAAAAGUAAAUCAUCAUGUGCAGCUUCCCUUGCUAUCCUUGUGCCGCCCUGUGUCCCUGCGGAGGAAGUGGACCCAGUGGAUUCUACGAUCCCUGUUUCGGACCCUACAACGGACCCUUCAACUCCUGGUGUGGGGCAAGUGGUCCAGGCUUCUGGGGAGGUAGAUGCUGCUAAUCUGUGCCGAGAAUUGCACUUGCUUGACCAGGAAAAGCGGAAAUAACAUCCGAUUCACGUCACUUUUGAAGAGAAGAAUGUCUAUUGAAUAAACUGUUCAAAAUA